CCCCCCAAACCCCCCCACCAUCAGGACACCCAACCUCCCACCCGUGGGUCCCUGAGCCCCCAACAUGGCGGCGUCCUCUCACCGUACAGCUCGACCCCCCGGACGCCGCCAUGAUGGUGGACUCUGAACUCGGCGGAGCUGCGCAACACCGGAGCUGUCCAAACAGGAAAAUGGCGACUAAUAGCGGCGCGUUGUUUAUACGUCACUUCCUGUAUACCGGUCGCCAUGGAAACAGACGCACUUGAGGCCUAGUGGAGCGCUUGAGGCCUUGAUGCAACGGGAGGCCGUGGCCUCAGCGUGACGCAACCAGCCUUAAAGAAGAGCACCACCCCAUUGAAGCCGCCAUGAAGCCCACGGAGCCUCAAAGCGACCCUUCCAAACAACCCCCCUCCCGUGAAGCCACCCCACGACCACCACCGGUACAACCACCCCACGGCCUACCAGGCUCUAUUCAGGGCCUACCGGGCUCUAUUCGGGGCCUACCGGGCUCUAUUCAGGGCCUACCGGGCUCCUGUUGGGGCCUACCGGGCUCCUGUCGGGGCCUACCGGGCUCUAUUCAGGGCCUACCAGGCUCUAUUCGGGGCCUACCGGGCUCCUUUAGGCCCGGAGCCGCCUCUCGGUUGCCGCCGCUGCUCGGUGUUCUCAGCCGCCGCCCUGAGGACGAUGUGAGGCUCCGUCUCCUCCGGACGCUGGUUGUUGAGACCCCCGAGGAACCGCCCCAGGAGCCGCCCGGAGCCACGACGGGUGUCCAGGUCCAGUUGUUGUGGAGCCCAGAGGUGGUGAUGGAGGACGGGGUGAAGUUGGAGAUGAGGGGAGCCGUCAGGUCGGCCGCCGUGAUGGAGAUGUUGGGGGUGAGACGGCCAUUGCACGGGGACGCUGAGACACAAGCAUUGUGCAUUGACACUAAGACACAACCAUUGCACGGGGACACAAUGGGCACCAACACUGUGACACAACCAUUGCACACUCAGACUGAGACACAACCAUUGUACAAUGAGACCGAGACCCAGCCAUUGCACAUUGACACUGAGACACAACCAUUGUGCACUGACACUAAGACUCAACCAUUGCACACCAAGACUGAGACCCAGCCAUUGCACGGGGACAUAAAGGGCACCAAUAUUGAGACCCAGCCAUUGCACACCGAGACUGAGACACAACCAUUGCACACCAAGAUGGAGACACAACCAUUGCACACUGAGACAGAGACACAGUCCUCCAGCAUCCCGCCAUGCUCCGUCGAAGCCCUCAUUGAUCUCUAUGAUCAGCUGGGCCCGACGCUGCCCUCACAACGGCUGCUCUUCCAUGAGGAUCCACGGGUAGAACCAGCCCCCACCGACCCCCUUGUGCUCAAUGUCAGCUCCAACCGGGGGUCUCCAAGCAGCCCCAUGACCUCCCUCCAACCCCCAUCCCGGGGGGCUCCAACCAGCCCCAAACGACAGCCUGGACCCUCGUCCAUCCUCCAGGACUACCAGCAGUUCCUCAUCUCCACCAGCUCCGACUUCCUCCACUCCAUCUUCAACCUCCCUCAUAGUGAGGAAGAGGAGCCCGAUGAGGAGCCAUGGGAGCCAAUAGAACCGCCUCCAUCACCGCCUGCAGCUCCAACACCCCAACCUGAGGAGCUCCAACGCCGCCUCAGUCGCCUUUGGGCCGCCCUACAGGUCCCUGUAGGCCAACAGUUGGCCAUGGCCGUCAAAUACGGCCCCGCAUCCAACCAACGUCAGCUCGUGGCUGCUUUGGAGCUGUGGGAUGAAGCUGCUGAUCUGAUCGAGCAACGGGAGCAGCUGUUGGCUCUGCUGGAAGGGAUGGAGCUGCACAACUCCGACCCCAAUCGCUUCUUCAGGAGCCAAGGUCAACGUGGGUCCCCAAACUCCAACCCCAUUGGGUUCCAAGGCCGCUAUGGGCUCCCAUCAUGGGUUGGUGAGAUACGGCGACAGCUGCACGCGGAGCUCAGGAGGUACGAAGGGAAACUGAUGGCCGUGAUGAAGAAGCUGAAGGAGGAAUAUGGCGACGAGGUGACCCUAAAGGGCCGGAGCUACGAGGAGAAGAUGAGGAGGGACCGGGGGGAGAUGCUCUACAGGCUGCAGCAGGGCAGGAGAGCCGCCGCCAUGGGGGGCAUCAUGCAGACAAAGGGGGGAGGGUUGUGAUGUGGAGCUUGGCAGCCCCAUGGCUUCAUUUGGGGUCUGGUUUUGGGUUUAUUUCGCAUCGUUUUGGGCCUGUUUAUUUAAGGUUUGGUUUUGGGUUCAUUUUUAGGCCCGUGAUGUGUCAACUCUGUGUGUUGAGGAUGAAGGGAGAAGUGGGUUGGGGAUGGGAUGGAAGGGUUCAUUGGUUCCUAUAAACGGAAGGGAUGGAUUUGGGGUCAUCAAUGAAGGUUCAUUGGUCCCUAUAAAUGGAAGAGAUGGAUUUGGGGUCUUGGAUGGAUGUUCAUUAGUUCCUAUAAAUAGAAGGGAUGGAUUUGGGGUCAUGGA